GCGUUCUUUUCGGCUGUGGUCAAACUUCUCCAGCUGAACUGGUUGUGGCCUUAGGAGUCUAGGGGUAGGAGCACUAAUGGACAGCCAGCCUCUAGCUGGCUCUUAAACCGGGCUGUGGUCUGGCGGGGGUCUAGGUGUGACGCAAUACCUGACCUCGUUUUACAGGUGGAAGAAGGCCCAUCUCCCUUUCUGUGGGUGUUUCGGGUGGCUUUGGAAGUGGAGGCAACAGUGGAAAGGAGAAGCUUUCCCUGAAGGAUGUAGCUGAGCUGAUUCAGGCCAGAGCCUGCCGAAGGGUAGUAGUCAUGGCAGGGGCUGGCAUCAGCACACCCAGCGGCAUCCCAGACUUCAGAUCCCCAGGGAGUGGCCUCUACAGCAACCUCCAGCAGUACAAUAUCCCAUACCCUGAGGCUAUCUUUGAACUUGAAUUUUUCUUUCACAACCCCAAGCCCUUUUUCACUUUGGCCAAGGAGCUGUACCCUGGGCACUAUAGGCCCAAUGUCACUCAUUACUUCCUCCGACUGCUCCAUGACAAGGAGUUGCUUCUGCGGCUCUACACACAGAAUAUUGACGGGCUGGAGAGAGCAUCUGGUAUCCCUGCCUCAAAGCUGGUUGAAGCUCAUGGGUCCUUUGCAUCAGCUACCUGCACAGUCUGUCGAAGAUCCUUCCCGGGGGAGGACUUAUGGGCUGAUGUGAUGGCAGACAGGGUACCCUGCUGCCCGGUCUGCACUGGUGUCGUGAAACCUGAUAUUGUGUUCUUUGGGGAGCCGCUACCCUCAAGAUUCUUACUGCAUUUGGCUGAUUUCCCCAUGGCAGAUCUGCUGCUAAUCCUUGGGACUUCUUUAGAGGUGGAGCCUUUUGCCAGCUUGUCUGAGAUGGUGCAGAAAUCAGUACCCCGACUGCUCAUCAAUCGAGACUUGGUGGGGCCCUUCGCUUGGCAUCCUCGCAGCAGGGAUGUGGCCCAGCUGGGAGACGUGGUCCAUGGUGUGGAAAGACUGGUGGACCUCCUGGGCUGGACACAAGAGAUGCAAGACCUCAUCCAGCGGGAAACUGGGAAGCUGGAUGGACAGGACAGAUAGGUCUACUGCUCCUCUACCUGCAAGAAACUCACAUACAUCAUCCCAUUUCUAGCAAGACCUCAUACCUGAAGACAACUUGGACAGGUUUACAUUAUCUGGGCCAAACCACAUGAGACCUGGGCACUGUGGUCCUGAGGCUGCCAUUGGAAUGUCUGAUCAGUAGGGACGUUUACCCUUGGGGCCACACCAUCAUGAUGUAAAGGAACUGUGUGUUUGCUUUGUUUACUUCAUCACUGCUGAAACUUAAUAGUGCAAAAUGCUGCUUCUGGUGGUGCCCCCAUGGACUGAAAAAAGUUAUCAGCAUAUCUGUCCAUCACCAGACCUGGGCAUGGGCUUUGUAGCCCCUUGGGCUCAGGUGAUAUACUAGGGUAAUCUGGCAUGUUGGUUUCAACAGUGGGGUUUUUAACUAGAAAAGUCUGUUUCUCGCAUGAAAUAAAUUUUAUUAUGAAAACUGG